AUGAGCAUCGAUCCGGCAUCGGUCUUCAGCAAUUUGGAGAACCUUCAGCUGAAGAGCGAUUUGUUUCGAAAUGUGAAAUGCUUCGUGACGGGCACCCUAGACCCAAAGAUAAGUAAACUGUUGGAAGAUGGCGGUGUGUCGCUGUCGAGGUUUAUGGACUUUAGCACGCACGUCGUGUGCGGCCUCAACUACGACGAAAACGAUAUAACAGAGGCAGCGGAACUAUACGAUAUUCCGACCGUGACGGAGGCGUGGGUAGUAGCGUCGGUGCACCUCGGGCGGCUGGCCUCGACGAAGGCGUACUUUCCGCUGAAGACGGGCAUUUUUUGCGGUCUGCGAUUCGCCGUCACCCAGCUCGACAGUCGCGAUCUGCGAAGACUCUACGCCGUUCUCACGUUCCACGGCGGAACAUUCAGUGUUCGGCUCGACCGCAACACGACGCACCUGGUCUGUGGCAGCCCACGAGGAGCCGCCUAUAGCAAGGCAGUUGCGUGCGGUACGGGCGUUCAGAUAGUGACCCCCGACUGGGUAGCGGACUGCCUUAAGUCGACCAGCUUGAAACCGGUCGCAGUGUACCAUCCGCGGUUACUGCUCGAGCAAGUAUUCCUCAAGCAAGGCGCCACGGCCAAAGCUCCGACAGAAAAGCAACCCUUGAACAGCAUUUUAGGGUUUGAUUUUGAAGAAGGCAUCGCCAAGACGGAGGUACCCACGCACGGUAGCGGCAGAAAGGAAGAGCCCAAACCGAGGCUGAUUGGCCAACAAGGAGCGGAAAGUACUACCGGAAGUACGAAGCAAAGCGGCCAGGUGUUCUCCACCGCUUCGCGCUACACGAGACCGCAGCAGCAGCAGCAGCAACAACAACAACAAGGACCACAGCAUACACACAGACUACGAGGACCGGCUCCGCAAACUCUCAACACACAGCAACAAAACCAGCAACAGUUGCAAAAAGCUCUGCAAGCUCAACAACAGCAACAAUUGCAGCAGCAGCAAAUGACAAUGAAUUCGACAAAUAACAAUAUUUUGCAGCAAUCGCUGCAACAUCCUACCGCGACCGUGCAACCUCAGCAACAACCGUUGCAACAGACACAAAUUAACUUCCAGCAAUCUGCGUCCCAGAGCGGCACCAUUAUUCAGCAAAUCAUACAAUCCCCACUGCAAAAUACUCCUCAAACGCAGGGACCGCAUCAGCAGCAGCUACCGCAGCAACAGCAACAAACGCCCCAGCAGCAGGGAAAGCAAAAUAUACAGGUUGUCUACAAAAGUGGCCCUAAUCAACAGCAGCAAGGGCAGCUGCAAGUGCAGCAACAGCAACAGUAUAAUCAAACUGCGGUCACCACGGUCGCAACCGGCAUCGAUGGGCAGCAGCAACCGAAGCAGAUCCUUCGCCAAAUAACGAUCAAUCAGAACCAACUCCAACCGGGACAGCAGAUGAUGCAGGGCCAAAUGCAGCAGCAGAUGCAAUCCCAGGCAGCUGGACAACAAACUAUCCAAGUGUCCCAAUCGCAACCGAUGCAGCAGCAAAUUAUUCAGAUGGUCCAGCGAAUUGUGCAGCAGCAAGUCUUUCCGGGGCAGAACAUAGUGAUCGUUAAUCAGUCGACAAACCAACAGCAGAUCAUUUCGGGCCCAGGCGCGCAGCCAAUGAACCCUCAGCAGCGCUUACAGUACAUGCAACAGCAGCAAAAGCAGCAAUUGCAGCAGCAACAUCAACAGAUUGUAGUCAGCAGUUCUGGGCCAAUGUCUACCGCUGCCUCGCAGCAGCAGCAGCAGCAGCAAAUAAUACAGCAGCGCACCGUUGUCGCGGCCCAGGAUAACGGGCAGAGCGUGAUGCUUCAACAAAGGGCGCAAUUACAGCAACAAAUGCAGGGCCAACCGCAGCCGCAACAGCAGCAGCAACUGCUAAUUCAGCAAGGACAGCAACAACCGAUGCAGCAGCAAAUCAUACAAACAUCGGCCGGUGGCCAACAACAAACGAUCGUCGUGCAGCAGCAACCUGGCACGAUGAUGCAGCAAGGCACAAUGGUACAACAGCAAAUUAUUUCAACAUCUCACCAACCAUCUCAGCAACAGCAGCAGCAGCAACAGUUGAUCAUAAAUCAGCAACAAAUCAUACAACAACCGAUGGUGUCGAACCAGAUGCAGCAACACCCUUCACAGCAACAGAUGCUCCAGCAAACGAUCGGCGCGACGGGACCGAUGAUGCAACAGGGAGGUCAACCGAUCAUGCAGCAGCAAAUACUGGGUCCGAAUGGUGCUCCGCAGCAACAACUGAUGGCCGGCGGUAAUGGGGGCGAACAAAUGAUUCAAGCCGGUCUUGGAGGAAACGAAAUGAUGCUACCUCAGCAGCAGCAGCAGCAGCAACCGCAAACGCCUACCCAGCAACCGCCGGGCACCCCGCAACCUUGGGCACCACAGAGUCCCCUCCAGCAGCCGGGAACGCCGUUCCAGGCGCAACAAUCGCCCCAGCAAAUGCAACAAUCUCCGCAACAGAUGCAACAGUCUCCGGUGCAGCAGCAGCAGCAGGGCGCCGGGAUGCUUCCGUCCGGGACAACCAUUGUGCAGCAAACGAUCGUGCAAUCACCGCAGGGCCACCCGCAAGCCGUUCCAGGCCAGCCGGGUGUUCCCGGCCAGCCACAGUUCAUUCGGACGACGUUGCGCCCGCAGGGGCCACGGCAACUAAUUCAGCUCGAUCCGCAGGCCCGUGCCGAGCUGAUGAAGCUUGAUCCGGCCGGACAGCAGGAGUUCAUAAGCCGGUUGCAGGCCAAGCACAAUCACAUGCAAAGGCAGCAGGCCGCAUUUCAGGCGCGCCCCGGUCAUCCUGGAGCUCACCCAGGGGCUCGCCAGCAGAUCGUCAUCCGGAGUCCGAUGCCACCGGGGAUGAAUCAGCAGCAGCAGGUCCGCUGGCUACACCAUCAGCAGCAACAGCAGCAACAACAAAACGCCCGGCAGGUUGUUGUUCGACCGGUAGCCCCCGGGCUGAGUCCGAUCACGCAGCAAACGAUUGGAACUGGCCCGCCCGGAACGCCGUAUCCGAUUGAUCCGAAUGCUUCCGCCCAGCAACAACGGAUGCAGCAACACCGUCUGCUGCAGAUGCAGCUGCAGCGCGAUCAGGUUCAGAAAAACCAACAGCAGCAGCAGCAGCAGCAACAGCAACCGGGAGCACCGCAAAUGGGCGGUCAGAUGAUUUCUCCACGCACUCCUGGAGGUGGCUUCCCGUCGGAAGUGGUCGUCGGUGCCGAUGGAAGUACGAUGGUGGUUCAGCAGCAAACCCUCGUCGGUGCCUCUGGUCAACCUACGGCCGGGCCGGUGCCACAAUCGCCGCAAGACCCCGCCGGAGGCUCACUGCAAGCUCAUCAGCAGCAGCAACAGAUGCAAAGCAAAACGAAAACCGCUUUGGCCAACAUGUUAAGCAAUCGACUGGGAAACGGGGGCACGGUUCCGGGUGGGCCUGUCGGCUCUAGUGGCACUUUGGUCGAUGGUCCCGGACCCGGAGCGGAACCAUCGGCCGCCGGAACACUGCGUCUGAUGACGGCCCAACACAAUGCUGCCCUACAGCAAACGUUGGGCCGAUCGCCGCAGGACAUUCUGGCGCUUCAACAGCAACAGCAAGCCUGUCAACAGCAGCAGCAGCAGCAACAACAGCAACAGCAGCAAAUUCAGCAACACCUUUUGCAUCCUCAACAGCAGCAGCAGCAGCAACAACAAUUGCAGCAGCAGGUUGUCCGCCGCACCCUGGGCAACAUUACCAACAGUGGCGUGGUGCAAUCGCCGCUAGGCCCCGGUGGAGCAGGUCCGGUGGUCAAUCAGAUCAUUCAAUCGUCCGGUGCCGGGGUCAUUCCGGUGCCGGUGCCCGGUGCCGCUGGCCCGGUGAUGAUACAAAACACGGUCGCCGUUGCGGCCGCCGCGAUGAAGGGUGGCGGUCCGGCACAGUUCAGUCCCGGGCGGGCACCGCUGCAUCGGCCGCAGUACUAUGGGCACAAUCCGAACCUGAAGCUGCACCCGGAGCUGUUCCUGCUCGGGUGCACCUUCUACAUCAUCGAGUACGACGAAACGCACAGUGCGGCCGAGAUCGAGGAGUGGAAGAUGAUCAUCAAGAAGCAUGGCGGCGAGAUCGAGUCGUACUAUGGGCCGAAGGUGACGCACGUGCUGUGCCGUACGCAGCGGCACGGCGUCGUAAUGCAGGCCAUUCGCGACGCAAAGCGCUGCAUCACCACCUACUGGCUGAACGACAUCAUCGUGAAGCGCCAGCUGCAGCCCCCGUGGCAGGCGCUCCACCUGCCGACGCCCGCCAUCUUCGGCACGCAGAAGCCGGCCACCAAGCACAACAUGUCGAUCACCGGGUUCGAGGGCGAGGAGCGCGUCCGUAUCAAGCAGAUGAUCGAGGAGUCGGGCGCACGCAUGACGCCGUACUUCUCCAAGUCCAACACCGUGCUGCUGUGCCGGCAGAUUGACAAUCCGAAGUACAAGUUCGCGAAGGAGUGGAACGUUCCGGCGGUCAAUACGAUCUGGCUGAGCGACAUCCUGCUCGGCAACCUGAACGCGAUGCAGCAGUGCGAGGCGCCCAAGUACCAGCAGUUUAACCUGACCUGCCACUUUCGGGUCGACUACAACCUAGUGAUGCACCUAAUGACUGCCUGGAAAUCUCCGAUUAACUUAACUCAGGAAUCGCACGAACGGGUCAAACGGACGCUCAGUGAGCUUCCGCCUCCGGCGACGGGCGUUAAGAAGCCCCGCACGCUCCCAUUGAUGGAGCCCGUUCCGGCGGAAAUCGUCUGUCAACGUCAGCCGGCUAGCGAUGCCGUGCCGAGUGUGCUCUUCUCACAGAUCGACAACACCGAGGGCCUUACCCGAGCCGUAAUAGCGCUCGGGGGUAAGGUGGUGACUGGGGCAACCGAGGCCACGCAUCUCGUGAUGACGCGCGUUGCCCGGACGGUGAAGCUAAUUCUAGCCCUCGCGACCGUGCGCCACCUGCUGAGCAGCAAGUGGUUGUCCGACAGUGCGACGGCCGGCUACUUUCUGCCGAUCGAAGCGUACAAGCUGGACGUGGCCGAACUGAACGAACAGUUCAAGUCCGAUCUGCACCAGGUGCUCGACACGCCGGCACGCACCAAACUGUUCGAGGGCAAAGUGUUUUUCGUUACGCCACAGGUGAAGCCGUCCUGCAAGGACGUCCGGCAGAUGAUCGAGCUCGGCGGCGGUACGGUCGAGAAGAACCCGCGCACGAUCAAGCGCAUCCGGGAGACGAACGCGGAGAAGGCGGGCAGCUACGUGAUCGUCAGCUGCCCGGAGGAUCGCAUCAUCAUUCAGCCGUUCAUACAGAAGGGCAAGCACGCGGUCUGCCAGAUCUGCACCACCGAGUACGUGAUGCAGUCGAUCAUGCAGCAGCGGCUAUCGAUCGAGCCGCACAUCAUCAAGUGGGAGCUCGGGUCCUAGAGCGAUCCGAGAGAACAAAAGCCAUCUCCCGGAGCCCCCCGGGACCGUUGUUCUGCCGUUGGUCGAGCACGGAGAGAGCCAUUUGUUGUGUGUACAUAAGUGGGUGAUGUUGCUUUCGCCCGUGCGAGAAUCCUGUUCGGAGAGUAGAAGAAAAGAGGGGCGG